AAACUUCACAAAGUUAUCCUUACAAGAAAAAUCAUUUGGUACUCAAAUUUGUGGUAAUUUUCUACCAUGGCAGCUGCUAGUACUAAAACUCUCAUUGCAAUUGUUAUACUAAGUCUGAUCGGGGAAGGCUUUGUUGCGGCUACAAUAGACAACUGUUACUAUACCGCAGCGGACAUAAAGAUUUCUCAAAAGCUUACCGGAGUUGUAAUUGAAGGGUCACCUGAGUAUGAGGUGACUUUUUAUAAUUCAUGUCGUUGCACCCAUACUAAUGUUCUCCUUGGAUGUCCUGGGUUCGCUAGCGUUGAAGACAUAGGAGAUAAUCUAAAACCAAGGGCUGAUGGUACUUGUCUCCUUACAAAUGGUUCAAACCCUAUCGGCGGUUAUGCCACCAUCAAGGUCAAAUAUGCAUGGAUGAAUCCCUGGACUAUCACUCCUUUACUCUCACAAGUUGAUUGUCGUUAUUAAUCGAUCAAAUCAAAGCUCUGUCAUAUGAUGUCACACGUGGUGGUGUUAUGGACAUUUUCAUUAAAAUGUACGUGUUAUUUGAAAAUGUUACAUUUACUAUUAUGAAUAAAUUCAAUGGCUUGGUUAGCGAAAACAUGUUUCCAUGCAUGUAUUGAGAAAUCGG